CAUUAAAUUAAUUAAUCAUACUAUUGCCAAAAAUCCCUUCUCAUAAAUUUUUGAGUUCUGACAUUUCUGCGUCUCUCAGAGACACUAACCGGCAUGUACAUGUUAGUCAACUGUUCAAACUGCCACACCCCUUUGCAGCUUCCACCAGGAGACAACUCCAGCUCCAUCUGCUGUGCUAUCUGCCGUGCCAUCACCUACAUAGUUGAUCCUCGCUCUGCCCCACCACCGCCUGCUCUAUCUUACUCAUCCUCGAGCCAAUACCAACAUUACCCUCCCCCACAGCAUCCUUUUCAAGUGGUUCCAUCACCAUUCAGUCGUGCGCCUCCUGGACCACCACCUGCUGUCCAUGGCACAAAGCGUGCUGUGAUUUGUGCGGUGUCUUAUAAGAAUACUAAGAAUGAACUCAAAGGGUGCUUUAAUGAUGCCAUGUGCAUGAAGUAUUUGUUGGUUAAUAGGUUCAACUUCCCUGAAUCUUCCAUCAUCAUGCUCACUGAGGAAGAGACUGAUCCUUAUAGGCGGCCAACGAAAUCCAACAUGAGAAAGGCAUUGUCAUGGCUCGUACAAGGAUGUCAGCCUGGAGAUUCAUUAGUGUUUCAUUUUUCCGGUCAUGGUUCGCAGCAGAAGGAUUACAAUGGAGAUGAGUUGGAUGGAUAUGAUGAAACACUUUGUCCAACAGAUUUUGAAACUCAAGGAAUGAUUGUUGAUGAUGAGAUCAAUGCACUAAUUGUCAAGCCUAUUUCCCAUGGUGUUAAGCUUCAUGCCAUCAUUGAUGCUUGCCAUAGUGGCACCGCGAUGGAUUUACCGUUUCUCUGCAGAAUGGAUAGGAGCGGGAAGUAUGUUUGGGAAGAUCAUCGCCCUCGAUCAGGAGUAUGGAAAGGGACAAGUGGUGGGGAAGUGAUCUCCUUCAGUGGCUGCGAUGAUGAUCAAACCUCUGCAGACACUUCGGCUCUAUCAAAGAUCACUUCAACUGGUGUAAUGACUUAUUCGUUCAUCCAAGCAAUCGAGCGCGGACAUGGAACUACAUACGGCAGCAUGCUAAAUGCAAUGCGGGCUACCAUCCGUAAGACGACCAGUGAGUUUGGUGGUGGUAUUGUAACAACACUUAUCUCAAUGCUAUUAGCCGGGGGGAAUUUCAGCGGAGGGAUCACACAGGAACCACAGUUAACUGCUAGCGAACCAUUUGAUGUGUAUUCAAAACCGUUCUCCCUGUAACCAGAGAAGAAAUUGACAUGAAACUAUAUGAUAUGUUCGAGGAAGUCAUAUGUACAGUUCCUGAGUUAAUGUUUUUUAAACAAAAUAAUAAAGCUUACUAAAUAGCUAGGGUUCAAAUCUCA